AAUUUUGGGAUUAGAGAGGAGCGAGGGAAAUCUGGGAUUAAAUUAAUUUCAGUCUCGCUGUGGCGCACACUAGUAUAUAAGGACUCGUAAGAAUACACCAAACACAACUCAUAUGAGUCUUGCAUAACUAUACACAAGUACUAGGAAGAAAAUAUAAACCCCUUCAGACAAACAUAACCGAUAUAUACAAAUAAACACAUAUACACACACAGCUCUAGCCCCUCUUUGUAUCUAAAACCCUUGUUUGUUGAAACUCAACCGAUCGCGUCUCUUCGGCUCUUUUUCUUUGGGGGCUUGUUGGGAUCAGCUUGGAGUGAGAAGGGUUUUUUGUCAUUGAGGCUGUUGGUGUUGUUUUGUUGAUUGAAGGGGUGAUUUUAGUUGGUGGGGUGUGUUUGGUUUUGGCUUUUGGUGGAAUUUUAUUUUUCUGGGGGUGUUUGUUUGUGUUUGAUGAGAUGAGGGAGGGUUUGAGAUCUGGGAAGAAAGGGGGUUUGUGUAGUUUGAAUGAUAAGGGGUUGGUGGAGGUUGAGAAGGUGGAGUUUGGUUUAGAGGAUGAGGAAUGUAGGGAAAUUGGUGGGGUUGUUGAGAAUAAGAGUGGGAGGGGAAGGCGGGGGAGGAAGCGGAAGAAUGUGGAUGUUACCAAGGAGGGUGAUGAGGUUGGAGUCGGUGUGGGAAUGAGGGGUUAUGGUCAUGGGGAUGUUGAUGGUAGUGGGGAUGCUUGUCUUAAGGAGGCUAAGGAGAGCGAUUUUGUAUUGGAUGGAGAUAAAGAGGGGAAUUUGAUGAAUGUAGAUGACGGGGAUAAGGUUGAUGGUAAUGGUGGUAUUGUCGAUUCACCUUUGAAGGGAGCUAUUGAGGGUGAUCAUGAAGCUCUUGAAAAGGAAGAGGUUAAUCUGAUGAAUGUAGAUGACGGGGAGACGGUUGAUGCAAAUGGUGGUAGUGUUGAUACACCCUUAAAGAAGGUUGAUGAUGGUGAUCGACAAUCUGAUGAGAAGGAAGAGGAUAGUUUGAUGAACGUAGAUGAUGGUGAUCGACAAUCUGAUGAGAAGGAAGAGGAUAGUUUGAUGAACGUAGAUGAUGGUGAUAAAGUUAAUGUUAAAGGUGGUAGUGUUGAUACACCUUUCAAGGAUGCUGAUGAGUUCGAGUUAAAACCUGAUGAAAAGAAAGAUAACAGCCUGGUGAAUUUGGAUGACACUGAUAAGGUUGUAGCUGCUGUGGAAAUGACUGUUGAUACUAAUGAUGAUUCUGAUGCUGGUGUAGAUACACCUGUGAAGGAGGCUGACGAGGUUGAACAUGAAUCUAAUGGAAAGAAAAAGGUCAGUUUGAUAGACAUGGAUGAGGGUGACAAGGUUGUAGCUGGCGGGGGAUUGAGCAUUAAUGCUAACGGCGAAGUUGAUGAGGCAAAUGAGGGUAAAUAUGAAUCUGAAGGGAAAAAAGUUAAAGUUCAGAAUGGUGCGAGCGAAGAGAUGAAAGUAAUUAAUAGCAGUCUUGAUACUUGGGAAAAUAAGCAAGAGCCUGCCAAAAAGCGUCGAGGUAGGAAAAGGAAAAUCGUGGAGAAUUCUGAUUGUAUUGCUGGUGAUGGAAAAAAGAGAGUCAAUGAUGGUAUGGGGCCUGUUAACCGAAGGGUGUUGCGCUCUAAUAGAAAUGCGUAUGAGGAAAAGUUUGAUACUAAUGAGGAUGAGAAGCCAGUGAAUUGUGUGACUCCAAAGAUGUGUACAGGUUCCCGUGGAAGACCUCCCAAGGUGCUAGAGGGAAAUCAGGCAGUCGUGGACGCUAAGACUGAUACAGAGGAAGAUUCAAAGCCUCAACACAUUGGCAGACCUAAAAAAUUAACUGGCCGUGUCGGUAGACCCCGUAAGGUUAUGCUCAACCAUGAGGAAUCUGGUGAAGAGGACGCUGAUUUGGCGAAGGAUGUAAAGCCCCGAUGUUUUGGUAGGCCGAAAAAAAUAAAAAGGCGUGGUAGACCCCCUAAGGUGAAGCCUAACAAUUGCGCAUCUGGAGAAGAAGAUUCUGAUUUAUUAGAGAAGGAUGAAAAGCCUCAAUCUGUUGGCCAGUCAAAAAAGUUGAAAGGUCGUGUUGGUAGACCCCCCAAGGCUGAACCCAAUUGUAAGGCAUCCGGUGAAGAAGAUUUCGCCAAGGAGAAAGAUGAAAAACCUCAGGAUAUUAGCUCCAUGGUGGUGCAUGGAGAAGAUGGGGGACUGAUGUUAGCAUCGAGGGUGAGCACUGAUAAGAAACAGGAGGUUGCAGGAGAAAAGGAAACUACUAGCAACCAGUUGAAUAUUGAAAAGAAUAAAGCAGAGAAAAUGGGUUUAAGAGAAGAAAAGCAGGCGAUCAGAGAACAAAUUACAGACAUGCUAAAAAAAGCAGGGUGGACUAUUGAGUACAGAGCAAGGCAAAGCAAAGCCUACGCAGAUGCAGUGUAUGUUGACGGUAAGGGGAAAACUCAUUGGUCAGCGACUCUAGCUUACCAUAAGCUCAAGGAGAAAGUUCAAAAUCAAACUGCUGACAGUAAAGAAGUUUCUGCUUUCGAGCCAAUACCAUCAGAGAUACUAAGCAAACUUUUUCGAACGACAGUUCCAGGAGCGAAAUGUCAGAAAGGCAAAACGAGUGUUAGUAAAAGUGUCUCAAGAUUUAAUGGGAAACACUCAUUGAAGAAGAAAAUUGCAAUCAAGGGAAUAGGGCCCAAAAAAAGGCUAAAAAAGAAAAAGAGUUCUUCAUGCAGAGCAGGUGAAAGAACAUUGACAAAGGGUAUGAAAGGAGAUGUGUCUGAAUCUGAACAAAAUGAUUCCCCUAGAUAUUCUCACAGGGGAAUGUCUCGGUCAAAAUGGGAAACUAGGAAAGGUAGGAAGCCAUGCCCUUUAUUGGCUCGUACCUCCGGAAAGGGUUCAGAUGCAGAUAUUGAUGGCUACAUACUUUAUGAUGGGAAACGCAGUAUGUGGUCCUGGAUGAUUGACUUGGGAACUGUUUCUUUUAAUGCACGGGUUAAGUACAUGAAUAGUGAAAUGAAAAAGGUAUUGGCUGAGGGAAAGCUUAACAGAGAUGGAAUUCUUUGUGGUUGCUGUAAUAAAGUUGUCACAAUUUCCGAAUUUCUGUCGCACACUGGGAUUAGCCUGUCACCUGGCUCUCACCCAUAUAAUGAUAUAUAUGUGGGGUCGGAAUUGUCUCUCUCCCAGUGCUUACUGGAUUCAUGGAAUAAACAAGUAGAAUCUAAUCCAAUCACAUUUUGUAGUGCUGAUGUUGAUGGUGACGACCCAAAUGAUGAUACAUGUAAUAUUUGCGCUGAUGGUGGCGACUUGAUCUGUUGUGAUGGUUGUCCAUCUACAUUUCAUCAAAGCUGCUUAGAUUUUGAAAGGUUUCCUUCUGGAGAAUGGCGGUGCUUACACUGUCUAUGCAAAUUCUGCAAAACAAUUGAGGGGAACAUCUCUCAAGGGGAUGAUGAUGGCAAAAAUUUACCUGGAUUGCUUAAGUGCCGCUUGUGUCAGGAGAAGUUCCACCAACAUUGUACCCUAGAGCAGGAUGCGGAUAAGAUUAAUUUAACAGAUUCCUUUUUCUGCGGGAUAAAAUGCCAGGAGAUCUUUGAGCGACUACAAGCACUGAUUGGGGUUAAGCAUCAGCUGGAAGAAGGCUUUUCAUGGACUCUCCUUCAGUAUUAUGAUCUUAACCAAGAUAGUUCUCAUGUUAAUGAUCCCCAAAAACUUGAAUGCAAUGCCAAGCUAGCUGUUGCAUUCUCUGUCAUGAAUGAGUGUUUUUGCCCCAUUAUUGAUGAGAGAACUGGGAUCAAUAUUAUUCACAAUGUUGUCUACAGCUGUGGGUCAAAUUUUGAUCGUCUGAAUUUUAACGGGUUCUUCACCAUUAUUCUGGAGAAGGGAGAUUGUAUGAUUGCCGCAGCAUCUAUAAGGAUCCACGGAAGCCUGUUGGCGGAGAUGCCAUUCAUCGGGACUCGCCAUAUGUAUAGGCGUCAAGGGAUGUGCCGGCGACUUCUAAAUGCAGUUGAAUUGGCUCUUUGCUCUCUAAAUGUGGAGAAACUAGUUAUACCUGCUAUAUCUGAAAUGUACCAAACUUGGACGUCAGUUUUUGGUUUCUUGCCCCGUGACGAAUCAACUAGGCAAGAAAUGAGGCGAAUGACUGCAAUUGUAUUCCCCGGCACUGAUAUGUUAGAGAAACCAGUGCAGAGAAAUGCUUUAGAUACACCCAACCUGAUUUCAGCUACAGUUGCAGCGCCAGCUGACCUUUAUGCAGAACAUGAUGCACCACUUGAUGCUCAUAUUGGAGGGCAAAAUUCUUCGACAAACAUCAUUGAAUGCUCAAAUGCCAUCUCUGGCGUUACAAAUGUGCUUACUGAAAAGACAUUUGGGGAUGCCAGUAUGGAUUUCUAUGCAAAUCCUAUUGAUGCUUCAUCCGGUAUUCAUGCCCCGAAAGGGGAUUAUGGGGCUUCGGAGAGUAAUGGCGGUUCGAUUGUUGACAUACUUCCAGUUGAAUCACAGUUGUGCUCCAAACCCUUUAAGCAGUUGUCUGAUGUCGGGACUCAGGUUGAUCCUUCUGUGGCUAAUACUGAGAAGUGUGAACAAAUGCGUAACUUGAGUUCUUGCCCUGUAAAUCCUCGUUGUACUUCUAGCACUUAUAGUGCGCCUGGGGUUCCUGACCUGGUUCCCGAGGUUGGUUCUUGUCGAUUGAGGAGUGGUGACAUGUAGUCCUGUACCAAAUCUAGACUUUGCCUCAAGUGUUUAGGGUAUAUUGGCUGGCUAGGCAGAGAAAAAACAUACCCCAAGUGCUUUGGCAGUCUAAGUUAGGGGUUGCGAAUUUUGUACAUGAUAAAUGUGAAUAUUUAGCUUCAAAGAGGGCAGACAUCUUAAUUAGCUGUAAUUUUGUUACAUCCUUCAACAAAGUAGAGAAAUACAAAUGAUUAAAGUAGCAUGUGGAGAUUAUCAGGCAUUGUUGAUGUGGUUGUGAAGUCCCGACAAACUGGGGAAUGAGACUUGGGGCAGUUGAUUCUGAUAUUGGUCAUAGCUUCUGAUACCAGUAGAUUAGUCAUUGCGACUUCUAACUUUUUUGUAAAUAUUUUCCUCCUCCAUAAGACUUGCAACUUAGAACCUCAAGUUAAUUAAUUUCUCAUUCAAGUGAUAUGAUUUUUAUACAGGAUGUUGUUCCUGUUUAUACUCUA